AGCUCCGGCGCCGCGCCACAUUCAUUCCCUGUACUGUCAGUACACCAUGCAAUUUGCAGCUGUACGAGUGCAAACUACAGCGAUUGUGCAGGGAAUCUACAGGCAUUGUUGGGGUGCGAGUUGCCAGUUUUCUGGAGUUGAUUCCGCUGUGUUUAGAAGAUCCAUAGCCAAAACGGUCAACAUGAAUACUGAAGGAAAACCUCGAGUCUACGUAACUCGGAGAAUCCCCCAAGAAGGCCUUGAUUUACUAUCAAAAGAAUGUGAGGUAUCAAUUUGGGACUCUGACGAUGCCGUCCCUCAGGAGGUACUGCUCCAGAAUGUACCAGGCAUCAGCGGUCUCUAUUGUCUUCUAUCAGAUCGUAUCACUGCCGAGGUGAUGGAUGCUGCUGGGCCUAGCUUGAAAGUCAUCAGCACCCUUUCUGUAGGUUAUGAUCACAUCAACGUUGAUGAAUGCAGGAAGAGAGGGAUCCGGAUAGGUUACACGCCAGGUAUUUUAACUGAUGCUACUGCUGAGCUUACUGUAGGUCUUUUAUUAACAGCAUCAAGGAGACUCUCUGAAGGUAUCGCCAAUGUCAAAAACGGAGGUUGGGGCACUUGGAAGCCGAUGUGGCUGACAGGACCAGGUCUUCUUAACAGCACAGUGGGUCUAGUUGGACUAGGGCGGAUAGGUAUGGCCAUCGCUCAACGUCUCAAGCCAUUUGGGGUCAAGAGAUUCCUCUACUCUGGAAACACCAAGAAACCUGAAGCAGAUAGUCUACCAGCUGAAUUCGUUCCCUUUGAGACACUCGUCAAAGAGUCUGGUUUUGUGGUGGUCAGUUGCUCCCUCAAUGCUCAAACCAAAGGUCUUUUUAACAAACAAGUCUUUGAGAUGAUGAGUUCCAAUGCCAUCUUUGUCAAUAUAAGCAGAGGAGCUGUAGUAAAUCAAGAUGACCUUUACGAGGCCUUGACCACUGGUCAGAUCAGAGCAGCUGGUCUGGAUGUGACCACACCUGAACCUUUACCCACUGACCAUCCACUUCUCAAACUUGAUAACUGUGUUGUUUUCCCCCACAUUGGCAGUGCUGCUGAGGAGACAAGGAUAGCCAUGUCCAUCCUUACUUCCAGGAACUUGUUAGCAGGUCUCGUGAGUGAAGAGAUGCCGGAGGAAGUCGCAUUGUAAUCCAGGUCAAGAGAUCUGUCUAUUAUACUACCAAUCCAAAGAGAACAAUGAUAGCAGGUUCUUAUCUAAUAUUCUUGACUGUAAAAAAGACACUACUGGUGCUCCACAAUGGCUUUAUUUCUCUGGUGUCCUUUGUUGUAAUGCUUUGUUUCAAAUAUGACGCCCAUGUCGUGGUCCUGAGGAUUAAUGUAAGUCAAGGGAAACAAAUUGGGGAAAAGAUCAUAUUGGACUUCCAUGUUAUUAAUGGGCAAUCCCAUAAAAUAAUCAACCUUUUUGUGCGUGCGACCCCAAUUUUUCUCAAGUUUUACUUCACUUCAUAAACUGACCAA